UGAAAAAAUCGAGUUCAUUUUGUAACGGUACUGCGUCUAUACGGGAGUGUCCAUGAGAAGUCGGGCAAAGAGGCAAGCGAGAAUGAUAAGCUAGUGACAAGUGGAUGAUUUGUUCGGGUAGUGGAUAAUGUAGGUCGAUUAGUAAUUUGUUUUGGCUAUUAAUGUGGACUGAAGAAUCGGCAGUUUUGUGUCGCCCGUGUGUAGAAAAUUUAUGCUGAACUCAGUAUUGUUACCGUUGGUUAAGUGGCUUCCUUCUGUGUCGCGAUGGCCGAGGCUGCAGGUGCCGCGAGCAGUAAUCCCAACGCGGAGAUCAUUCGGGGCCAGGUGUUCGAAGUGGGGCCGAGAUACACCAAUCUACAGUACAUCGGAGAAGGCGCCUAUGGCAUGGUUGUAUCCGCGCACGACAACAUAAAGAAAACUAAAGUUGCCAUCAAGAAAAUAUCUCCGUUUGAGCACCAGACUUACUGCCAGAGGACACUAAGAGAAAUAAAAAUCUUAACUCGAUUUAAGCAUGAAAACAUAAUUGAUAUUAGAGACAUUUUAAGGGCUGAGACGAUAGACUCCAUGAAGGAUGUCUAUAUUGUGCAAUGUUUGAUGGAGACGGACUUAUACAAAUUGUUAAAGACACAGAAACUAAGCAACGAUCACAUCUGUUAUUUCCUGUACCAAAUCCUCCGCGGGCUGAAGUACAUACACUCGGCAAAUGUACUUCACAGAGAUCUAAAGCCCUCUAACUUGCUACUUAACACAACGUGUGAUUUGAAGAUUUGUGACUUCGGUUUGGCGCGGGUGGCAGACCCAGAUCACGAUCACACGGGCUUCCUCACCGAGUAUGUGGCCACGCGGUGGUACAGGGCGCCGGAGAUUAUGCUUAACUCUAAGGGUUACACCAAAUCGAUAGACAUUUGGUCUGUGGGUUGCAUCCUGGCGGAGAUGUUGAGCAACCGGCCCAUCUUCCCGGGGAAACACUACCUUGACCAGCUCAACCAUAUCCUCGGAGUACUCGGCUCGCCCAGCCAGGAGGAUCUCGACUGUAUUAUCAAUGAGAAGGCUCGUGGGUACCUGGAAUCCUUGCCGUACAAGCCGCGGGUGCCGUGGGCGGAACUGUUCCCCGGGGCGGACGCUCGCGCCCUGGACUUGCUGCACCGCAUGCUGACCUUCAACCCUCAUAAGCGCAUUACUGUCGAAGAGGCGCUCGCUCACCCAUACCUUGAACAGUACUAUGACCCUAAUGAUGAGCCCGUGGCAGAGGAGCCGUUCCGUUUCGCUAUGGAGCUCGAUGACCUUCCCAAAGAGACGCUGAAGAAGUACAUCUUUGAGGAGACAUUAUUAUUCAAGAAACUCAACGAAGAUGCGUAGAUGAGCGGAGCGACCACGGCCGCUGCGGGGAGGUCGGGCUACACUCCCGGCCGACAUCUACCAAGUACAUUACAUCAUCGAUACGUUUAUCUUAUUCUGCUUCGUUAACACGAAUAUUUCCUAAGAAUUCGGUUCAAUGUUCUAACUUUAAGGAUAACGUUAAGAUUUUUAUUUUAUAUUAUCAAAAAUGCGAAAAACAGAACUCGCAAGCUGAGGUAUCGCAGCCCAGCUCUAAUUAAGAGGAUAUUGAUGGUUACGUUCCAUGUUCUUCGUUGUCCGUAGUCGGUUAACCAAAGUUGAAUAGUUAACCAGUAUGUAAUUAUACAUUGUAUCAGUACGAGAAGUCGUCAGCUCGCUACGGUGUCGGUAUUUUGUGGUUCGCACUAUUUAAUUAUUUUAUGUAUUGGAUUAUGAUUGUUAGGCUCAGAAUCAAUAUAUUACAUAACAUAGACUUUGGGACUUUCUUUUUUACCGAGUAAUAUUUUUUUUUUCCGUAAGUCGGCUUUGAUUUCUUGAGUUACAUACAAAGCUACAUGGCCUCUUUUUUGUUACUGGAAGUGUGAACAGUGAGCCUAACUAUCAGAAACAAUAUAACAAAAUGUAUUCGACGUUUUAAACGUGGCUUUCAAAGCGCAGUCUUACUUUAUCUGUAUUAGGCAUAGUCGCUUUCCGGCGAUCAAUAAAGUAUUCUUGUGGCGGUAAAAUGCAUAAUAAUAUAAAAUAACUGUUAUUAUUUCUAAACUGCCAAUAUUAUAUUAAUUAAUGAAAUAAAUUCGACGCUUCGUUAUUAUGAUUCAAAGAUUAUUUGUAAACAUGACGUCUGAACAUAGCUUUGUGUUCGGAAAUAUCGAAUAGUAUCGAUAUAUUUGGUCAAAGCGUAGUUGUAAUAGGUAUAUAUUAAUGCGUAGCAAACUCAUAGUACUUAGACCAUUUUACCAAAGGACUGGUGACACUCAAAAAAUUCUUUAACGAUUUAAUUUUCGAAAAAAAAAUGUUGAAACAAUUGUGAAGUGAGUCCUUCAAAAUAACUCGACAGCAAUUGAGCCAUCAAAGAGCCCCAAAAUCACAAAGGUUUUUUAUUAAAAAACUGUUCGGGCAACUCUUGUUGGUUUAGGUCUUCAAAAUAAAAUACAUUGUCAAAACAACGGCCUUGAGGCGAAAUGUAGGGAUCUAUAAUACAUAUAUGACACGUGUCACCGACAGUGUGAUAGAUAACUUAUGGCCAACCCCGGUUACGGAUAAACUCUCUAAUAUCCAAUCAGGAAUUUAUCUGACAGAUAAAUUAUAACUUUUGGUUUCACACGUAUCGGAUAGCAAAUUCUGGCAUUAACUAUCAGAUAACUAACUGACACUCUAUCGGUAACCAGUAUAACCGGGCUUUAAUCUCCCAGAAUAUUAAUUUUACAAAUAUACUAAACACUAUUCGUACCCAAAAACCUAGUGUCUGUAAAGACACAGUACUAUUUCAACUAUUUCAGUCAUGAUUAGGGUAAGCACUAUAAAAUUUCCACUAAAGUAUUAUUGUUUUAAGAAAUUGAGUUCUAAAGUAAAUAAUAAUCUAACCAUUCAUUUCGCAAACCAUAGCAUUUGUACUGCGUAUAUAUUGUUAGGUAUGUAGGCAUGGAGGAAAGUUGGGAAGACGCGAGCCGAGUCCUUUGGAUGAAUGGUUCAAGUAACAAUCAAUUUCAAUCAAGCCUAAGGAAAACGUAAACAUACCAGCCUGUAAAUAGACAGACCUUUUAGUAAUGUCUGGCGUAUUUCACUGUUGUUGUUUAUUAGAAACAACUGCAAAUCAACAAUCUCUUAAUGGAUAAAUAAAGAAAAUAUCUUUAAAACGGCCGGGUAUUUUAAUAAGUUUGCUAGAAAAAGAGCGCGAUUGAAAUGUGACGUGAUCGCGCCGAAACUUAACCUCGACCAGGAGUAAUUAAUACUCUUAUUUGUGACUGAGUAAAGGUGAAGGAAAAGCUCUUGAAACUUGAAAAUACCCUGAAGAUAACUUAGACUUUGAAGUCUGAAAAUCGCCUAUUCGCCUUGAUAUUUACUGCCAUUCCUUCUCUACACUAAAAAGGCUGAUAAUGAAAAGCAACAAGUUCCACAAAAUUGGAUCCCUUUACCUUUCCCUUAAGCUUGUUUGAAAUCGACUUUAUAGUAUCGAUAGAUAGGUUUUUUCUGAAAUUUGUAUAGUCAAGUUGUAAAUUGUGAUGUUGGCAAGGAUCGAUAUCAUGGUAGGUAUUCAGGAGCGAGCUAGCGGCGACACAAAGCGAUCACGCCCAGCAAACGCUCGCAUAUCACGUUUUAAGGGAAUCGAACUGAAGUCAGGCAUUCGAUGUUAGUAUUUUAGAGACAACAGAUAAGUAUGGCGUAUGCGGUGGAAUCACACAGAACCUAUAGUAACUUAGCUAGCGCCCCUAAACUGCGCGCAAGGAUUCACUUUACGUCAAAUAACUUUACCCUCAGAAUUCAGACAUUUAAUGCCACGUGCAUUAUGUACCUAAGUAAAAGUGUUUUAUUGACUGACUCUGACUGCUACGCAAUCAAAAAAAUCCAACUUCGCAGGGAAAAAGUUAUCUGACGUGGAUGUAUGACGCAUGUGGUCACACCAUCGCGAACAUCAAGCGGUGUGACAACCGCUGUAAAUAUUUAUACAUUUCGACUUAUUGUAUUUAAAAGUGUCACCGAGUACUAUUUUCAAGCACCACGUUAUUGUUCAUCAAUUCUUACGUGAUAUACAUACUUACGAAUAAAUGUAUUUUCUCUUUAGCGAGCGAGGUGUUCGUUGGAAAACUUGCGUGUUUCAAUGUUUUCGUAAUAAUAAAUUAUCGUCUUCCUUGUAUUUGCAUGUUAGCGCACAAGAUAAUUUUAGAAUAGUUAUUCUUCAUAUCAAAUAUUUUAAAGAGAUGUUUAUAGAUUAAAAUUAAGUUGAUGAAUGUGCGAUUAAUGUGUCGCCUAUCAAGUUUUUCAACGAACGCGUGCUGGCGACGCAUUGCGAGUCGCACGCGGGUCGCGACUAUUGUUACUUCGAUAUUGUCUACGACUUGUUGUUAGAGAGGAUCGAUCCCAGCCGAGCGGUGUUCACUGCACUCUGCGAUCACUCUCAUUUUGUACUAAGACUUGAAUACCGUUGUUUGUUGAAAGUAUUAUGGCAGAACUGUAGCUGCGAGGAAUUCGUCAAUCAAUUUUAAGUAUACUGUGUGAAGGGAUAUCAUCCAAAAUGUACCAAAAGUUGAAAGUACGUACGACGGCCGUGGCAUUGAAAGAACAUAAAUUUCUUGACACGCAAUUAGACAGCGCGCUUAGGGAUACAGGGGCGGGCUACCGCGCCAAGUUUCGGAGUGUCUGGCAGUAAGCGGUUGAACAGUUGCUAAAAUUCUCCGCAAUGCUGACUAGGUAUGCGCAGACCUUAACCUUAUCCAUAGUUUAUAUUUUUUUCAUUCAAGUAGCCUUAUUCCUUCGGCGACACUUUCAAUUUUUGGGUCGAAAAUGAACGAUAUCUCCUUUUUACCAUCCGACUAUAACAUUUUAAGAUCUUUAGAGUUAUCUUGAGAUUCAUUAGUACAUGUUGUAUAAAUGUAAAAGACAUUGCUUUAGAUUUUCGAUCGACAAUAUUCAUUCAACUAGGAAAAAGCCCAUUGGCCAAAUAUAAAUUGAACUCCCGAAUCGGCUGUCUUUUUGGAAGUACAUAAUGUUAAACUGUACCUUAUUGAAAAUAUAUUUGAUUCUUUAUAGUUGAGGCAUAAUAUCAAUUCUUGCUUAUGAAGGUUUGUAUCCACCAGGAUAAUGUGAUCUACCUGGCUAGCCUUAUUCCAACUAAUUAGUUAUGCCUAAACUACUUAAAACCGAGAUUAAACUUCAUAAUUGUUUGACUUUAGAACACGUUGUAUGUAUAUUGUUGAUCAUUUUACGCAGUUGUCUACAUUCACGGGUAAUUUAACUGGCACUGCCUACAUAAUAAAGGAGUACCUACCUCAGGAGUAACUUUCUGCGAUCAAAAGCAACAGUACUGUCACGGCCUUGCCCAAUAUCCUAUCUCUGUUUUGCAUACUAGAGAUAGGGACUUGACAUUACUUGUAUUGGGAAAUUCUAUCUUUAGCAAAUGGACAGAUAGAUAAGAUAUAGGGAUCCGUUGGUCGAGGGAUAAUGUAAGAUCGAGUUGCCACCGUGAAUGUAAUGACAAAUGUAUCCGAGUAAUACUGCAUUUACUGUUCCGUCGCUAGAUAUCAAGAGAAUUCACUUAAAAUCAAAUAAAUGUUUAAAACUCAGUAUUUGUACUCAAACCCUAACAUUAGUGUUUAGCACUGGGUAUUUUAAAUGAACAUGUAUGUGAUGAAAAUAAAUAAAUUGAAUUUGAUAAAAAUUGACAAUGAAUUGAGUAUUUUUUUAAAUACUGCCAAAUGCUGCAACGUACCUUCUAGACAAGUGUUUGCAGCAACCUAUGGAAAGGAAUAUUAUUUCCUAUUCUAUCUUUCCAUAAAAUAUCUCUAAAUGGUCUUCAACAUCAUAGAUAGAUAGUGCGAUAAUACUUGUGUUAGGGCUUAGUUUUCUCUACAUAUUUCUGCUAAAAAAAUGCUUGGAAAUAUUAUAAUGUCAACUGCAUUUGGAUCAAUACCAAUGAUUUGUAAAAAAGACAACCUUAUUUACGACAAAUAGAGUUUGAUAAGUAAAAACUUUCACUGACUGUCUUAACUUUUACACAUUUUCAUUGUACUGUAAUUUCUAGGAACAAGGGGGUUUUAUUAAAGAUCUUGAUGUGUCUUAGUAUCUGAAUGUUGGUAAAAUUGGUAAGCAAACAUAGUCCGCUUAGUACUUAAGUAAUCCCUUAUCGAAAUAGGCACAAGAAACUAUUGGCAGCAGCCAAUGGUAGUGAAGUUUUGUAAGGGUGACCUAGACCAUGCUUUCGGAUCUGUGUUGUUGCCGAAAACAUGUUAAACUGUCCCAACAAAAGAUCCCUUGUUUAUAGAUAAAAGCAUUUUAAUUUAACCCUAGUUUACAUAGUGUCAUCUAUUAAAGCAACGUCAAUUUAAUGCGUUAUAUUUGAUCGUUGUAGUCGAAAAUAAAAUCGUAUUACACCCUUACCUGUAUUACAAUAAAUCAUUAUGGCAUACGUUUAAAAUUAUGGAGAAUUGAUUGUUUCGAAAUAAUUUGCAGCAACUCACAUGACUUCCCUUUCUAGUUUUCCAUUAAACCUCUAUAGAUCAUAAAGAUAAGAGUACUAUAAUGUACCUAUUUAUUGUUAAAAUAUGAGUGUUGCCAUAUUUUCUUAAGUCAUUAUGUACAAAUUGGAUAUUGUACCUAAGGUCAUUUGUUAUCUGUCAACAGUUGAAUAUUACUAAAAUAAAUCAAAUCAAAAGAGAAAA